AUGCUGUUCGACAAGACUCUGAAGACAGCCAUACUAGAGUAUGAGACACUGCAGAAAAUGGAAGAUGCUUUGAAGUUAUUGAACCCUAUGUGUGACAAUAUAAUGUCAGCAGAAGCAGACAGUACCAUUUUGUUGGAGCUGAGCCCGCAGCCGCCCGAGGCGGCAGAGCGCAGGCGCAGCGCCGGCGACGGCGAGCGCGCCGACGUGCACGUGUGCGUGGCGGCGGCCGGCGACUGCCCGGGCGCGGAGGCGUGCCGGCGCACGGCCGCGGGCCAGCUGGUGGCGGCGGUGCUGCCGCAGCGCGCACAGCGGCUCGGCCGCGUCGCCGUCGAGCGCUGCCGCGGCGUGCACCUGGGCCACGUCACCUACGUGCUGGGGCCCGUCAACUUCACCAGGGUCCUGCAGAAGAACACCAUCUCCCAGCAGAUCAUCGUCACUUCCGACGACGCUCCCGGUGGGCAGGAGGGCGAACCGGAGGUGCAGGUGGUUCGUCGCCUGGAGUGGUUGGCGCAGCCGCCCCUCCACACGCUGACUCCACUGCAGAGGCCGGUCAGCACCGUAGUCAUCAGUCACACGGCGACGGACAGUUCAACGUCGAUGGGCAAGAACACGAUGAUCGUGCGGCGGCUUCAGACGUUCCACAUCGAGGGCCGCAUGUGGCCGGACAUCGGCUACAACUUCAUGGUGGGCAUGGACGGGCAGGUGUACGAGGGCCGCGGCUGGGCGUCGGCGCCCGAGGCGGUGGGCAGCGGGAUGGCGCAGGGCUGCCUCAGCGUCGCCUUCGUGGGCUCCUUCUCGACGCGGCUGCCCAGCGCAGACGCGCUGGCGGCGCUCCACCGGCUGCUGCGUCUGGGCGAGCGCGAAGGCCACCUGGCCGCCGACUACCGCCUCAUCGCCGAGAACCAGCUGGACCCCGACACCGAGAGUCCAGGCCGCGCGCUCGCCGGCCUCAUGCAGGGCUGGCCGCGCUGGGCGCCGCAACUGUGACGUCAUCUGGAGAGGCCGACUAGUGUCUGAUCGGCCGGGAACCACCUGGGCCUGGAACACCGGGAGUUGGGGUCAUGAGUUCACCGGCGUCAUGUGGGAUUGACCGUGCUGGGUGCCACAGCUGUGACAUCGUAUCAGGUCAAACACUAUGUCACACCUGGGGCCUGCUUAUUGUGUGAUUGUGGUGAGCCAGCUGGACCUGGAGACUGGGCCGUGUGGCCUUUGGACUCAUGUCUGAAUGGACGCUCUGUGUGCCAUAGCUGUGGCGUCAUACGAUGUGAAACACCAUGUGACAUCCAGCUGUGGACUGCCAUGUGCUCACCGAGCUGGACCUGGGUACUAAACAGCCCUGGGAUGUACAUGAUAGCCUCAUUCACAGCUGGAAAUGCCUGGCUCCAAACUUUAGGUGCUGUCACACUCUGUAGAACACCCAGUGGUGGGCAACCUUGUGAUUGAUGACAGUCUUGGACAGUGAGACCCCUGCCAGUACACUCAUUGGCCUCAUAUACGACUGAUAACGCUGGGUGUCACGGCCGGAAUGUAUCACUAAGCCACAUGCUCAGAAAUCUGAUUUGAGGCUUUGAGUCGCCGUAAAUUGAUCUCUGACAGCUACUGCGGGCUGCACAACUCCGCUUCGCAUGCCUCGCCAAUAGCGUAAUGCGAUUGUGUGAACGUCUCUGUUGCAUCAGCUCAGUGUCGUCAUAGCUCUGUAGACGGCCAUUGUUUUCGCCUGCAACCAUUAGCACUUCACAACUGAAACCUGACGACAGUACUGAGAGCUGUCAGGGAUCCUCUGUCGCAGUCUCGACUGUAGCUAUGUGUCGAACUAGAAUUAUAUUAAUACCGUCAGCUGCUCACGGUCGUUGAUAUAUAUCAACGGGGACAGGUGAAAAUGUGUGCACCGACCGGGACUCGAACGCGGGAUCUCGUGCUUACAUGGCAGACGCUCUAUCCAUCUGAGCCACCGAGGGCACAGAGGAUAGUGCGACUGCAGGGACUACCCGCGCACGCCUCCCCCAAGAUUCACAUCCUCACCUUUAAUAUCCACACACUACGUCUGUAGUGUCCCAUCCCAACACACUCAUUACUCGUGGAAGACAUUCUUUCCAAGUCUCUUAAGAGUUCGGGGAAUAUGUGUGCAUCCGCACAGAAGAGGAAGGUCGUGGCCGGUAUUGCCAGAACUAUAUAUUUAUAUGGAUAUGGUGUCUGUUCUUUCGGACAUGUCCGAAAGAACAGACACCAUAUCCAUAUAAAUAUUUAUGCAUCUGUGUGUGGUGCCACGUGUGCUAACAUGUGUCGUCACACACUGUAUGGCACCUUGCUGCCUACCAACAGUCUGCUUGUUGCGGACAUUCAAAACAAGCGCAACGGGUUCAUGUUGGAGUGCCUGUCUGGAUUUGCAGUCAUGAUAUAACGCACCAUAGUGUGUGUUGUGGCUGUGAACUGCUUUUAAAUGCUUUCGAAUAGGCACCCUGAGCCAAGAUGAUCAACAACUGACUGAAGACAAUCGGUUAAUGUGCACAUCCUGGUAACUGAUUCUUAAUGCAUGACGUGAACAGUAGAAGAUCAAAAACGUAAGAUACUGUAUUCACAGAUGCUGUGAUUACAUUUCGUGAAGUUCGUUUCCCACAGCUCGUAGGUAACAAAAAAUUUCGAUCAUCUGAUAGUCAUCAGAUCAAAUAAAGUGAAAAUCAUCCUGCGAAACUGCCACAUUAGCAAUAUGCAGUACAUAAUCAACAGUAAAAUGCAUUGCUGUAGUUAAUUAAUCUUUGAACGCUGUCAUAACUAGACUCCCUCCCUUUGUAUGGAGUGCAGUCUGCAGGGUUGAGAAUGAACAUGUUACGUGAGUUGUACACUGGACACAAUUUCCGUGUGAGCUUUGAAGGUAUUCCAAAGGGCUGCAAGACAAAGAAAGUUCUGAGUUUAUUGAUUUAUCGAGAUUAGUGCCACUAAACAAUUUAACUGAAUAAAAGUAGGGAAGGAAAUUGGAGACGACUUAACUGAAGGGACAAUCUCAGAAUCUACUUGGAACAGUUUAGGGAAACCCAGAAAACCUAAGCGUAGUAGGACGGGGAUUUGAAACACUCUGCUCCAUGGAAGUCAGUCCGCUCUGUUAACGGCUGUGCCGCCACGCCUGGUACUGACAAGUGAGUUCCUUCCCACAAACCACCUCAGGCAACUUUUCUGAGAGACACGAAAUCUCAUCUGGAGUACGAAAAAUGUACUUUUGGUUGUAGCACUAACCUAACACAGUUCAAAGUAAGUUUCAUUUUUUGUUUUGGUUUUAUCGUGUCUACAAAGACGUAAUUAUAAAUAGAACUCUGCUUUAGGAGGAUAGUGAAAGCCAUCAGCGAGGAUUGUUGGAGAGGCACAAAGAAGGGGGCUCGACUAUAGUCUUGCUCAUCUAUGCGUUAUUCUUCAAAGAAUAAGCAGAAUCAUGAAGAUCUUCGUGUUCUGGAAUAAAAGCAGUACAUCAGCCAAAUCUCUCACGAAAGGUAGUGUGGUUUCUUACUCUGAGUUUACCAUUGUCGUAAGAGAGAUUGUAUCGAGGAAGUACAUAGUACUUUGGGACGGGAAAUGACAGAAAAUUUCGAAAUUACAUAAUUUUUAAAAUAAAGCCAUAUGAUGUUGUCAAAGCCAUAGGGUUUUGUUAUACAAACAUUUUGUUUAGAGGUAGGUCUCUCACCAGCUAUGCAGAGGGAUAUUCAAUUUAAUGUGGACAGUGAACCAUGGCACAAUUAUCUUUUUUCACACUAAAAAAAAAAGGAAUUGGACUACCUACAAAUGGAAUAUUUGUACUUGAAGUAUAGGCCU